UCAUUGACCUUUGACCCCUCGCCCUACUUCAGAUUUUGGACACGCGGGUUUUAAAUCGUGUUCUUGCCGGCCCACGCGGCCACAAACGUGCCGUGCUGGUGUCACGGUCGUCUCAAGUACCGGGGCACAGUCGUGCGACUUUAUAACGACCGACUUACGCGGUAAGACCGACACAGCGACAUUAUGGAAGCGUUUAUCAACUUCACGGCACAGACCAAAGGGCGAGACAAGCUCUUCAGGACUGUGCAGUAUGGCAGUAUCUUCCUACGUGCAGUUUUUGGCAGGACCAACACUGACGUUGUGACCAAGAUGAAAAAACUGGAGUCUCAAGUCAGCAUGACAAGGAAAUUGAUGAGGUUUGGUAAGAGUCUGGACUCGUUGGAGGCGGCACGGCGGGCGUCCAAACUCCAGGACGAGCUUCUGCGGGUCUUACUGACCGCUAGUCACGCGAAUCGUUCCGUCUUCCUCCUGUUCGACCAUCUGGUAUGGCUGGGCCGCGCCGGGGUGAUACAGACCGACGUGGACAUGUGGAACUGGCUCUCUCUGAGAUUCUGGUUCCUCAGCACUCUCCUCAGUCUACUACGUGAUCUAUACGGCAUACAGAAGGCCCUACAGAUAAAACACCAACAGCUGAACUAUCCUAACGGAACAGUUCAUAACGAACUGCGACUGGAGGCCAAAGUGAGACAGGAAGCGUUGAGAAGAAUCCUGGUGGAAAACCUGCCGUUGUGUAUCGAUACGUCGAAGAAUGUUUGUGAUAUCGUGGUUCAAAUGACCAGGUUGAAACUGAUCGAGGUUUCUGAUGGGUGGGUGGGGUUUUGUGGGGUGGUGUCUUCCAUACUGGGGAUUAUGGUCAUAGCAGAUCCAACCUUGAAACUGACUCCAUCCUAGAUUUCUUACAUGAUUUUUCAUGGCUAUUUAGAAAAGAGGGAGCCUAGAUAGCAAUAUUAUCAUCAGGAAUUAAUCAUAUUUUUAUGUCAGUACUGUAAUCUGAGGUGUUACAAGGGCACAGAGUUUCAAGUACUGAUUUGAUGAUUUUGGAUCCAAUGAAUCCAAUAUUAUGCUUACAUUUACUGGGAAUUUUAAAGAUGAAAUAUGACAUUUUGUCCAGUAUGCAAUUUUGUACUUUUAUACUUCCAACAUGUACAAUAAAUGCUAGCUAAUGUCUUUUAAACAGUCAACGAUUGUGGGCGAAGAUGUGCAAAGAUGUUCACUGAAAUUUGAAGAUUUGAGUGACAACAAUUUUAAUUUGUAAUUUCAUGCCUUUUCUGUUCAGGAGUGUUUAUCAAACAUCCAUUGUCAUAUAGUUGCAGAAUAAUGUAGUAGCAAGGUAAAAGCAAUGCAGAAUAGUGGCAGGCAAGGUCUGCUUGAUAACAUUGUAUUU